AACACAGAAAAAAAAGGGUUAAAGACCUCCGACAUCCAGGAUGCACCUUGUCAGGUUCCUCUUCCUUGCUUUCCUUCUGGCGGUGGCGCUGCUGGCGGAGGACGCUCAGUGCAAAAGAGUCAUCUGCAAAGACAGCUGCUGCUCGUUUGUGGAGAGCUUUCCAGUCAAACUGAGAAAGCUGCGCACAUCUUACGAUGAGAUGAGAAACUACUAUGUAAAUAAUGAUGACCUGGGGUUUGCACUUUUCAACAGGACAGUCCUUGAGAAUCUCAAAGGUCCUUACUUCUGCCAUGUAAUGAACGAGGUUUUGCGCUUCUAUCUGGACACAGUUCUGCCAACAGCGAUCACACAGGAGACCCAAAACUUCAAAACAUCUAUAGACUAUAUUGGAAAUAUCUUCAAUAGCAUCAAGAGGGACAUUGUCAAAUGCAAAUCCUACUUCUCCUGCAAGAAGCCCUUUGAAAUUUCCAGCAUCCAAAAGUCAUAUUCUCAAAUGAAGGAGAAAGGACUGUACAAAGCCAUGGGGGAGCUCGAUAUGUUGUUCAACUACAUUGAAGAUUAUCUGGCGUCAAAGCGACUGAAGAACUGAGAAGAUUCAGGAUACAGGACAGGAUAAAGCUGGAGAAACAACUAGAUAACCCCCAAAUGGCUUAUUUAAAUUGAAGUGAAUGGACAAUCGAAGGAACAAAUGAACAAUAACACACAGUACAUAUGUGCUGGAUUAAACAAAUGUCUGUUUAAUUUAAUUUAAUUUUCUGAGGUUGCCUCUCUGUUUUGAGGCCACACUACUUGAUUGCUUCGAUUGCACUGAGCUUAAUUUGUUUUCUAGAUUUAUUGUCUAGAAAUGUUGUCGCAGUAAUAAUUGUUCCUAGAAGAACGUCAGUACUUAGAAUAUUAAUAAGUCACAUUGACCAGAUUAAGUAUUGAUUUUAGUAAUUGCUGCUUUUUACAAUUGAGGGUUAUAUUUCAGCUUGUAAUUUUGUGUUAAUUUACUAUUUAUUUAUAAAUUAAGUCAACUGAAGCAGCAGAUAACUUAUACAUACAGAAGUUUGUUUUAUAAUGUUUGUAUUGUAAUUUAUUUAUUAUUGUUGUUAUUAUUUUGUCUUUUGUUGUAUAUUAUAUGUCUAGUUUUAUGCAUGUUUAUUAUUAUUAUUAUUAAAACUGUCAAAGAUAAUACUGCUGAAGUGUAUAUUUUCUUUUUUAAUUUGACUAGAAGUGAUAUACCAAUUUGGGGUGGGCAAUAUAUUGUACAUAU